AUGCAACGAUUUCGAGGAUUUUUGCUCACUGCCUACGCUGAGAAAUUGAGUCAUGAAAAUAAAAUUGGUACUGGACAUAAAACAAAUAUUCAAAUGACAGAGAAAAAGAAAAUUUUGAUUUUCGGAGUAGAGCAACUAACAAAAUUAUUGAAAAAUGAACAGAGCGAGCAAACGUUUGAUGCUGUUAUAGAUUUCAGUGCGUAUGAUGUUGACGUAGUUGAAGAUGCUUUGAAAGUACUUGAAAAUCGAAUUAAAAUGUACAUUUAUAUCAGCACGGACUCAGUAUAUGAAGUCUGUAAACCUACAAGUUCAAUAGAUGGCUUAUCAAAUGAAACCGAUAGUAUUCGUCCCGAUAAUCCGGUAGAAUAUGAAAAACUUCGUCGUCGAGACAGUUAUGGUCAUAAAAAAUUGAAAAUAGAAGAGUAUCUUCGUCGAAUGCAAGCAAAAUCAAGUAGAAAAUGGUCAUAUGUUAUUUUAAGACUACCAGAUGUUCUUGGAGCAAGAGAUUCUACUGAUCGAUGGUGGUUCUAUCAAAUGUGGCUUCAAUUUUUUCAAAUUAUCAAUAAACCUAUUGAUUUGUCAUCGAACAUAAAAACCAGUUAUGUUUAUGUUAAAGAUGUAGCUCGUUAUAUUGGAUUUAUACUAACUAAAACAUUUGUCGAUGAUGAUGAUAAAACGUUGUCCUCAAUUAAUUUUGAUAAUCAAAUACUUAAUAUUGCAUGUAAUGAAAUUUUACAAUUGAAACAAUUAUUAUUAAUGAUUGUAGAUGAAUUAGGAAAACAACAAGACGAGAUUCUAUUCAAUGAGAAUGAAAAUACUGAAAUUAACUUUUUUCCAAGUGUAACACGUGGACCAAUUGAUACAAGAAAAGCUGUGACAAAAUUUAACUGGAAUCCAACACCCAUUAAAGAAACAGUCCGUGAAAUUGUACAAUUUUAUAAUAAUGCUUAUAGUUUAUUUCCCAAUGAACGUUACGAUAUUGUGCGGAAAAUACGAAAAACUAUUUUAUCCAAUGAUGAACUAAUUUAUGGAAAAUUUUUAUUUGAACUAAAUCGUUUUUCAACAAAACUGGCUAAUAAACGUAAGCACGAUCAAUUGUUUGUAAUUGAUCACGAACAUCUUCAACAACAACAAAAUUUUAAAAAAACACAUCCUGAACUUUGA